GCGGGGUGGAGUCCUCCUCCAUCCCGUGGUGCUCCGCGGCUCGGCCUCGCUCUCUUCCGGUCGCGGGCAGCCGAGCCGUAGAGGGCGGUCGCGGCGGGCACGGUGGGCAGCGGCUGGUCGGUGGCAGCAGAAUGUUGGCGACCAGAGUAUUUAGCCUGAUUGGCAGGCGUGCAAUUUCCACCUCGGUGUGUGUUCGGGCCCAUGGAAGUGUUGUAAAGAGUGAAGAUUAUGCUCUCCCGAGUUAUGUGGACCGGCGUGACUACCCCUUGCCCGAUGUGGCCCACGUCAAGAACCUGUCUGCCAGCCAGAAGGCCUUGAAGGAGAAGGAGAAGGCUUCCUGGAGCAGCCUCUCCAUCGAUGAGAAAGUUGAACUGUACCGCCUUAAGUUCAAGGAGAGCUUUGCUGAGAUGAACAGGAGCACAAACGAGUGGAAGACGGUGGUGGGCGCGGCCAUGUUCUUCAUCGGCUUCACCGCGCUCCUCCUCAUCUGGGAGAAGCACUAUGUGUAUGGCCCCAUCCCGCACACCUUUGAAGAGGAGUGGGUGGCCAAGCAGACCAAGAGGAUGCUCGACAUGAAGGUGGCCCCCGUCCAGGGCUUCUCGGCCAAGUGGGACUACGACAAGAACGAGUGGAAGAAGUGAGGCCCCGCGGCUCCCGAGUCUGCACCUCGCCUGUCCGGGCGCCGCCACGCAGCUCCGCAUGUCCACUGGGAGCGCCGUGCUGCAGCACCAGUGCUAAUAAACGCGCAGUUUACGUGAA